GGCUUCGGAUUUCGUUAGACGUGGUUAAAGAAUGAAUCUGAAAAGAAGAAUUAUAGUAUUAAUUUUCCUCAUAUUUCUUUGGGAGAGUGCGAAAGGCCUGGAACUGUACCCAGGAGAGUGUCCUCCAUUGAACCCCGUCAAAAACUUCGAUAUCCAAAAGUUCCUGGGCGUUUGGUAUGUGCAAUCCUUCUAUCCCUUCGACGAUGAACCCAUGCUGGAGUGCCAUCACUUUCUCUACCAAAGCCACAAGGGUCGUUUCUAUGAAUUCGAGCUACUGCUGGAUAACGAUCACGAUAAGCAAGUAAUGACCCGUUCGAGUGUUAUAAGAUACCAUGAAAACACCGGCGGCAUCGAAGUCAAGCGCCGCAAUAGCUCCUAUGACAAUCCGCCGCACAAAAAUACCAUUCGUAAGUCCACAAAUCGGAUUUCUAUAUAAUAGAUCACAGAUUACCCAUUCUGUUGGCAGCUACUCGACCGCAUCGCUUUACAAUGUAUCCCCUGGCCCUGGACUAUGACUCCUAUGUGGUCAUGGUCACCUGCAACCGCCACAGAAGGAAC